AUGGAUGACUUUACUGUGGCACUGCGAGACCUCAGCGCCCGGUGGAACGUCCACAUCCACGGCGCCGUUGCGGUGCAGAGCAUUCUGAAAAGCUGCUGGUUAGUCCGGGUUGGAAUGCUCUUCCCCGCCUUUCAUCCAUGGAUCGCCCUGCUCCGGCACAGCCUGCUGACCACUUACAAGGUGCGCGUGGCUCUGAUCUUCUUGAAGCUCUGCACCGCCGGGGCCACCAAUGCUUUGUUCUUCACCAGCUCCGCGCCGGGCCCAAACUCCGAUCCCAACUGCCGGCCCGCCAGGGAUCUCUUGGCGCGGCUUGUGCAGAACACCGUUGUUGGGAUGGUGUCAGCGUUCCUGGGUGACUGCGUGAUCUUCGCCUUGUUCUUGGUUCAGGACCGCAAACCCACGGAGAAGCACUGGACAAGGAAGGCCAAGGCACGGCAGCUGAGGAUUUGGAGGUGUCGAGCUUGGACGUUCUGGGUUGUGUGGAUGCUUUACUCGGUUCUCUGCUUGCUGUACAUCAUGGCCUUCUUAGCCAACGUGCGCCUUGCAGACGCCCAUCAAUGGUACAUGAGCACAGGCAUGAGCCUGCUCCAGGAUUUGGUGGUGCUUCCGCUCUUCAUUGCCUUUGGCCUCGGCACGGCGGCUUCCCUGGCGUUGCUCAGCCGCAACAUUCGAAGCAGGACGGAGGCGAAGUGGCUGCAAGGCGCGCAGGCAAGCCAGCUCUCGGAGCCAGCGGAGCCAGAGCCAGAAUCAGAAGAGGCCCCAGGCAGCCGCCGGAACUCUGACCUCUCCGCCGGGACCUUUGAAUGCCAACCAGGGGCGGAUAUGGCAGAUCUCAACGAGCACGCCACUGACCAGGAGUGGACAGGAAUACUUCCGGGCGUCCCGCAGUCCUACUGA